AUGACCAAGAGCGCCGCAGCGAAAACAGAGAUCUGCGGUAUCGAGAAAAAAUCAGUGUUACCGCUAUAUCAACAAAUUAAAUCGGAUAUUCGCAACAAGAUUGAUCGCGACGAGUGGCUUCCAGGUGAACGGCUGCCGUCUGAAAAUACGCUGGUCAAACGACUGGGGGUCAGUCGCAUGACGAUUCACCGGGCGCUGCGGGAAUUGACAGGCGAAGGCUUGCUGGAACGGGUACACGGAUUGGGCACGUUUGUCGCGACACCACCGAGACACGCCAGUCUCAUACGUCUACAGGACAUCGCGGAAGAAGUGCGCAGUAUCAAUAGUGUUUACAGCUGUAAGGACAGCGUUGCCAUCCAGCUGGAAGAUCGGUUGAUCAACCCAGCAUUCUUCAGGGGCUUUGAAACCACUGACUUCACUGAGAGAACGGCGACUGACUAUCUGAUGCACCAGUUUAAACCUGAUGAAAUGGAGCACAUUGUUCGCGCUACGCUCGCGGACAAAACCACAGCCCGGGUUCUCGAAAUUGAUAUCGGCGAGCCUUGCAUUCAGCUCACCCGCCGCACCUGGAAACAGCACGGUAUCGUCACUCGCGUAGUACUGACCUAUCCGAGCAGCCGCUAUGAUCUGCAGGAGCGUUACAGAACUAGCGACAUCCCAACUUCGACUAUCUAA